AUGUCCAACUCCACCUCGUCGCGCAGUCAAUCCUCCUCCCCCGAUAUCCUGGGCCCACCAGGCGACGCAGAGUACCUCAUUUCUUCGCCAAUGAAACCAUUUGUUGGACGUCAAAGCUGGGUGUCACCAGCUCCAGUGAGGCGCCACCGGACUCCCGCGAAACGAGCUCCUACGCAACGAACCCCGGCGAAGCGGUCGCGCGUUAGCCUCAGUCCCGCGAAAGGCGCGCAUUCGAUCCAGUUCAACGAUGUCAUACUCCCCGGAUCACCGUCAAUGAAUUUCAAUGGUCGCCAGAGGUCGAUCUCUCCGGAGAAGCAAGCGGAUGGAAAUGUGAGCCCGUGGCGCAUACGGCUCACGCUCGAGGCGACCCAAGACGAAGAAGACGAGAAUCAAGGCAGCCCGUCGCGCAAACGAUUAAAACCCUCAACGACCACGACUAUGAUCCCUUUGAAGGAUGAACGGAGUCCACUGAAGGAGAAAACGCCCGCAAAGCGACGAGGCCGUCCACGGAAAUCAGAGGCCCAGACACCGACAGAGUCUUCGUUCCCCGGGAGCCCUGGACAUACCCCUGGGCCGCGAUGGGAAGAAUCUCAACCGCGAAAACGAGGCCGACCACGCAAGGGUACGCCCAAACCGAAGACGCAGGUUUUCCAGAUGGCGGAGGAUCAGCCGACACCGACUGUGGAAUAUGACCAACCAUUUAGUCCGAUGAAUGUCGUACCAAACAGUGAUGCUGGAUUAGGCGAACAGUUCAGUCCAAUGGAUACUAUUGCCAGUGACGCCAAUCAGCGAUCAAGUCCCAUGGACACCAUCACUAGCGAUGCUCAUUGGCGUCAACAAGGCAGCCCGAUGGAUACUCUUGCCAGUGAUCCUGGCCAGGUUCUACAGCAAUUUAGCCCGGAGGAUGAUUUCAUUCGUGAAGAUGUGGACGUUGACCGCCCACCCAGUCCAAUAAACCUAGCUGCCGAGCCCGAUUCUGAAGAGGAUUCCUGGGGUAACUCCGACAUGUCCAUUGCUGAUCUUCGAGAUCCCACUCAGACGAUUACUGAAGAAUUUAACAACGCUCGUCGCGAGUAUGGGCGCACAAGCCUGGAGACACCGGUGAUUGGGGCUACGGAACAUCACUUCUUGGACAAUGAUGAUAACAUACAUUCAACCCCUUCUAAGAUGCCGUCGCCCACCCGUGAGAGAGCGAUCGCAUCAUCUCGAGCUUCUCACAGCACGCACAGUCCGCAGUCACGUACAUACCCAACUCCGACUCCCACCUCAUCGCUGGCCGAAGAAGAGAACCAAGCACAGCAAGCUGAUGCCGAUCAGCCCUCGGAGACAAAUAGGCACACCGAGACUGAUCCACUUGAAGAUCCAACAGAUGACCACGAAGAGUAUGAUUCCAUUAUGGAAAGCGAAGGCUUUACCAUGGUUUCCCUUGAUACUCUUCCAUCUGCCAAACAGUAUGGACUUAGCUCCGGCCCCCAGACUGGGGAAAGAGGACCGAAACCGAAAGAAGUCGGAGAUCGAUUGAAACGCAAACUUGCCGGAACAAUCGAAGACUUCCGACGUGAUUCUCGUGCUCAGAAAUCUUUAAGCCCGAGUACAAAUCUUUCUGCUAUGAAUUUCGACGGGUCAGCCCCUCGUAUUCGGCCGCAUGCAUUAUUGCGAUCUGUCGAGCGACCUUCUGUCAACUACCUUACCGAAGUCUCCUACCCCGAACUCCAUGGUGCACAGUCUCCUAUAAAAGCACUUCCCGCUCCUAAGAAGAGAACAUUUAAAAGCCUGGCCAAACUUGUUCGCACUGGCAUUGCUUUGCAAGGUCUAUUCAGACCAGAGCAAGAUGAAUGGUCCAGCCAGAACGAUAGCAAUCGCAAAAGACAGCGGUUGGAACGUGUCUUCAGCUCAUUUAGUCCUAGCACUCGCCGCGAACUACGGGUUGCUUUGGGCUUAGGGCAGCAGCUUGCAAUGCGGCGAAUGAUUGCCAACGAAGAAGAGGCCGCCGCUAUCGUGGCGGAGCGUCAAGCUCAGGCAAAGCGACAAGCAGAGGAGGAACGUCGUGCAGAAGAAGAGCGCCAGGCAGAGGAGGAACGCCAAGCAAGAGCAGAGCGACAAGCACGGGCUGAACGUCGAGCACAGGCAGAGCGCCUCGCCGAGGAGGAACGCCAAUCACGGAUAGAACGUGAGGCACAGGCAGAACGUCAAGCCAUGCUGGAGCGCCGGGCAGAGGAGGAACGUCAAGCUGAGGAGGAACGUCACGCAAGAGCAGAACGACAAGCGCGGGCUGAACGUCGAGCACAGGCAGAACGCCAAGCCAAGCUGGACCGCCGGGCAGAGGAGGAACGCCGGGCACAGGCAGAGCGCCUCGCCGAGGAGGAACGCCAAUCACGGAUAGAACAUGAGGCACAGGCAGAACGUCAAUCUGAGCUGGAACGCCAGGUCGAAGAAAAACGCCAGGCAGAGAAAGAGCGACAAGCACAGGCAGAACGUCAAGCCAAGCUGGAGCGCCGGGCAGAGGAGGAGCGUCAAGCUGAGGAGGAACGUCAUGCACGAGCUGAGCGUCGAGCACAAGCAGAGCGCCUAGCCGAGGAGGAGAGACAGGCGCGCGCAGAACGCCAAGCAGAAUCAGAGCGUCUCCAAGCAGAAGAAGCAGCAAAUGACUAUGAGGAGCAGCCAGAAGAGCCUGUUCACUACGAAUCCGGCGAAGAGGAAGUGGAGGGUGUGUAUCAAGAGGGGCCUUCUGAUGACGAAAUGGAAGAACGGGAUGUAUUCUUACCAUCGCCACAACCCAAGCUCAACAACUCCAUGCAACAAAGCUCGAUGUCUGUCCAAAGAGCGCGGCGAGAGGCACAGUGGCAGCUUGAACGGGAGGAAGUCAGCCGCCAGGCUCAGAUGGCAUCAAAUACAAGGUCCGCAGUUUACAUCGACAGCGAUGAAAGUGGCGCUGAGGCUGACGAGUAUGAGACCGGCGUCGGAAUGUCGUAUGAUGAACAACCCGCGUCGGAUGGUGAAUCCGAGCUUGAAGAAGAGCCUGAGGAUUUCGAACCUAAUCUUGUGCCUGAGCCCUUGCCUCGUGAACACCAAGCAGCCAACCCCGAACCUUUGGACGAGGAGGAAAAUGGCUACGAUGAUAUCUGGCAACUCGAAGCCAACGACCACGACCAUAUCUCGGAACAUUCCGAGGAUGAGCGCCUUCGAGGGGAGGCCGCAGAGGCGGCCAGCCCUUGGAGAGAUCUUGCAGUAACUUCAACGCGUCAAAAUCACUGGAGCUCGUCUCCAGGCUACGCUGAUCCGGAACGUGACAGUGCAAUGUACUACGGCCCGUCUAAAGUUCGCGAGCUCCGAGAGCAAAAGGUCGACCUGGAUGCUUUGCUUGCGGAAGAAGAUACUCCGAAUCGUGCACAAUACUACAACGGAACGAGCACCCCUCGGGACAUGCUGAAUCGAAGGUUAGGGACACAACAGUCUCCGAUCAAUGCCUCUCCUUUGAAGGAAACUGUGUCGCGGACUCCAGCGCAUAUUCGUUUACAGCCGCUCUCCCAGUCUCCAGACAUUCCUCAGGCCGAUAAGUCUCCUCGGGUCUCUCGCCGGAGCCCGCAUGUGGAACACUCAUUAGAAGAAGAUGAUGAUGAUAGCGUUUCGAAUGCUGCACUUGGUCGAUCUGAGUCUGCUGAUGUGCCUUUGACAUCCACUCCACGGACUCAUCAACCCAAUGGAGAACAUCAAGGAUCAUCCUGGUUCAAGAAAAUCACCAGUUUUACCCCACAAUGGCUAAAAGCUCCUACCAGGGCACGCAGUUCAAGCGUUACUACUAUCCCGGAAGAGUCAGAGUUUGAAGACGACGAUGAAGUGACUCAAAUUGAAUCCGCCAAGGAACUUGAUGAGCACCUCGAUGAUGAACCGCUCUCUAGGCAAGGGAGUCAAUCGCCUGCGAGUCCUUGGCGACAACUAACUCGGUCUCCACAAAUGCAAGAGGAUGAUCAACCUAUGGUCGAAGAUGAGGAACCAUUCUAUGAAAGAAGCGUGUCUCGAGAGCUUGUGGAGGAUGCAAACACAGCGAACGAUCUGCAUGAGGCGUCUCCCGGGCCUAGACCACUUGCUGUCUUCGGCUACUUCUCGGAUGCCCAUUACAUCGCUCUUCGUCGUAUUUACGAAAUAGCAAAGCGCUACCCCGAGCGUUUCCAGUACUUCGACUCUCCAGGUCGGGCUGCUAUCAUCGGUGAUUGGAUAUGGACCUCAGAUGGCCACCACGGGGUUCCCAUCACAGAGAUUCAAUUUGCUAUCAUCGACCGAUUCGCCCAGGAACUUUCUCGGGCGGAUAUCCAAUACGGUGGAAAUGGACAGAUCGAUUGGACGGAGGCCGACCUGCAUCGGAGACUGAUUAGCAUUAUCAUUGGCGAGCAGAUCCGAGAGGGAAAGGAAGGCCAAGGCCAACCGGGGUACUUCAGUUGA